CCCAGUUCCCCCCCGCACCCUGGUUCCUGGCCAUUAAUAAAUCCAUUCGUUUCCGCUAUUUGAAACCGAAGAACCACAUUCUUUCAUAUACACGCACUGCUCACAGCGUUGCAUCUGUCUGCUGCGGCGUGUGCGCCUGUAUUAACGCGAGAGAGCGAGAGAGAGCGGGUGAGCGAGCAAGGAGAGGGAGAGAGGAAGAGCGAAGGAAAAAGCGAGCGAUCGAGAGACAAGGGGGGAAAGAGACGCCGAGUGCAUGAGAGCAAGACAAAGCUAUGAAAUUCAUCGGAGCUCUUUACCUACUGUUCCUCCUCCCGGCUUUGAGCUUCAACAGCAGCUAUGAGGGGCUGGAAAAGAAGCUGAGGGAGGUUUUCACGGAGAGGACGGGAAUUUUACGCCAACUUUCAAAAACAUCAAAGGAGCUGGACAGCAUAAAGGGUAACCUGCAGACACUAAAGAAUGAUGAUGCUGUGCCCAAGAAGGAUGUGCAGAGAAUCCUGGAGCUCAGUCACAAGCAAAGGGAUGAGAUGAAGUCACUCCAGGCGGCUCUGCAGAAGCAACUGGAUGAUGCAACUGAACGCGCGGAGAAGCAGCAGGCCACCAUCAAGUUUUUAAAGAUGGAGAUGGAAAAGAAGACCAAAAUCAUUAAAGACCUUCAACAAGAGAAUAAAAGCUUGAAGAACAAACUUUUGUCUGGAAACAAGCUGUGUGACCUGCAUGCAGAGGAGUCCAAAAAAAUCCAAGCCCAGCUGAAAGAGUUGAGGUAUGGCAAAAAGGAUUUAAUUUUUAAGGGUCAGCAGUUGAUGGAUCUGGAGAAUAAACUCAGAGUUGCCAAAGAUGAACUGGAGAACGCUGCACUAGAUAAGGAGUCACAGCUUAAAGCCCUGAAGGACACAGUCCAUAUCUGCUUUUCAUCUGUCCUGCACAGCCAGACAGGAAGUCUACACAGAUUUACAGCCACAGCAACUAAUCUGUUGAGGUAUUCCGCCCUGGUCAACAACUCAAGAGUCACCUUUCAACAGCCGCAUGCAAAGGACAUCCCAAAAGUUCCCCGAAUCACAACAACAAGUAAAUUGCCUUUGAGCAGUGCAGUAAUGAGGAGAGAUGGCUCCGGACUGAAAGACUUCCAGAUGGUGAAGGUGGGAGCAGAAUGUUCCAAUAAUCAGACAGGGAGCACAUCUGAGAUGAGAAAGAUGUUUGGACACAGUCAGCCGCAGACCCCGGAGCAAAUUGGACAAGGCCAAGCAAGGACAUCAGAGGAAAGUGUGAAAACAGAAGGAGACCUAAAAAAGACACAAACGGCCACACACGACUAAAAGACUGUGGAAGACUUGGCAGAUUUUCUGCAUGGUAAAAAUGAUGUCAGACCUGUUUAAGCCCCUCGUCAUCCACUGAGCUAAAGCACACACAAACACACACAUGCACAUAAUGUAGGGCGCGCAGGCAGUGCAAUGCCAAACAGACACAAAAAAACUCAAUCUAACACUGCAAAUGUAGAAAAAGGAAUUCCCAUAUUUCAAUUCUGAACUUUUUGAUAAGAACCAACAGCAUAGUUAUGGCAUGCAUUAUAGAGUUUUAGAUUUUUAUUUCAAGAGGUUACGAUGGUACUGGUUGUUUUAAAUAACCGUUACUUUUUUGUUCUUUAACUAUUACGAGUUAAUUUCUCCCAAAGUUAGGACACAGUGUUCUUUGAUUUGUGUUGUUUGUACUUAAAAAAAGAACACUAUUUCUGGCACCGCAGACCAGAAUUUCCUUGUUAAAAGUCACACUGGGACGGGGAGGCGGGAGGGGGGUAAUUUCAGUUUUGUAAAUGUGGCUACGGCUCAAAUUUACCUGUACAUUUCUGAGCAGCUUCAGUUAAAAACUGAAUUUUUUUAACAAUAGCCCAGAUUCACUGAACGGAAACGGAGUCAACACUGAGAAUACUGUUUAAUACAGCAAAAAUGUGAAGGUAUGGUCUGUCUCGUGUUGUAGCAAAGAUUAAUUUACUCUUCCUACUCCAUAUUAUGAGGUAUUAUAGGCUCAAGUUGGCUGGCCAACUAUCGCUGUUGAAUAUUUCGAAGCUUUUGGUGCCAGAGUUCAAGAGAAAAACUCGACUCACAGUGAGUCGUCUCCCUAAGAAUGAUGUGCCAUGCACCGAGUACUUAAUCUACUGCUACAUCUCUCUGUUUCUCUACUUUCUUGUGUCCUUUCAAUAAACCGUGAUUUUCGCUAAAUGUGUGCAGAAUAAAUGGUUAUUUGUGGAGUAAAACUA